GCGACAAACAGGGUGAAAACUGUUGGAAAACAGGCAGCACCGCGAUCGCGAGCAGUCGCCACCCCCGGAGCGACGUCAAUUCACCACUCGCUCUCGCGCGUACCCGCCCGGGUUAGUCAGUGUUCCGCGACCCGACGACACGGUGUGCCUCGACUCGAUCCGCCGCUCGGCCCCGUAUGACCACGUAGCGAGCCUCCGGCUCGAAGAGUCGUCCAGCGCAGAGUGCCGAACGAUCUCGCUACGUCCGAUCGAUCCACCAUGUGCAGUAACGAGAGCCCGCCGCCGGCGAAGGAGCCGCUCGCCGUUGGCCUGGGCAACCCCAUGGCCGGCUUCCUGCCGGGCCUCGAGCACUACCGGCUGCAACUGUACCACUACGCGAUGGCGGAGCGGCUGCGACUGGCCCAGCAGCUGCACCCCCAGCAUCCUGGUGUCGGUCACCCGCCGUCGGGCGCACCGGCCUUGAGCAUGAGUCCGGGUUUCCCGGCGCCGUUGCCGCUCUACCCGGCUGCCGCCGCCGCCGGCUACCCUGGCCGCCUGGCGCUCUCGAUGGCGUUGCUGCACCCGCAUCACCAGCGGAUACCGGAGGAGCCGAAGCCGCAGCACAGCUACAUCGGCCUGAUCGCGAUGGCGAUACUGUCGUCGCCCGAGAAGAAGCUCGUGCUCUCCGACAUCUACCAGCACAUACUCGAGCACUACCCGUACUUCCGCACCCGCGGCCCCGGCUGGCGCAACUCCAUCCGGCACAACCUCUCGUUGAACGACUGCUUCGUCAAGUCCGGCAGGAGCGCCAACGGUAAGGGCCACUAUUGGGCGAUCCAUCCGGCGAAUCUCGAGGAUUUCCGCCGCGGCGACUUCCGCCGGCGCAAGGCCCAACGGAAGGUACGCAGGCACAUGGGCCUGGCGGUGGACGAGGAACCGGACAGUCCCAGUCCGCCGCCCUUGCCGGCCACUCCGCCGCCCCCGACGGCCCUCGGGCCCCCGGUGGCCGCGCAGCCCAUAUCCGGCCUGUGGACGCCGCACCAUCAUCAUCAGCAGCAGCCGCAGCAACAGCACCCCUUCCAGACGCUGCGGCAGUCGUCGUUCCAGCCGUCGAGAAAACGGCAGUUCGACGUGGCUUCCCUCCUGGCGCCGGACGACCAACAGCACCAGAUCGUCGAGUCCGACCCGAGCAAGACGCGGCGUUUCAGCUGCAGCGAAGACGAGCUGCACGACCUGCCCGAUCAGGACGAGGAGGACGUCGACGUCGACGUGGUCGCCGACGCGAACGCCUUACCGUCGCCGGGCACGCCGCCGUCGGCCAGCCCGGACUCGAAGAUCUUGUCGCCGGCCGGCCAUUGGAACCACCAGAGUGUACAGAGCGGCGGCCAGCAGCCGCAGCAGCAGCAACUCUCGGCCGUACACCUGCACAAUCAUCUGCACGUGAGGAACUACUACAUACCGGCCAAUUCCGGCGGCGGGUCCAGCGUCUAAUGACGAGUCCGGGCCAAGGUAGUGUUGUCUCGUGUGUCCUCGUGCGCACUUCGACGACGGCGUCCUAACCCGCUGAGUGAGGUCCCCCCGACGGGGGGAGAUCGAAAACGCGAGGGAAGAUCAUUCAGAGGGAUGGCUAAUUUCUGCCGAGCAAAUGAAUAUAGGAUGUUUGUUAAGUACCGUUCAAUGUUUCAGGAAUUUAAGCUCAUUUUGUGGAGAAAAGCUCAUUACUUCGUAAAAUGACCUUAAAAUUCAAGUUCUAAAGUACUGGACGGCACUUAAGAAACACCCUGUACAUUUGUUUAUCAUCGCGACGUCACGAGAACUUUGCUGUCCCUCGGAAUUAUUUUUCUCCGUGAACGUAGUCACUCUCGAGGACGGAAAUGCCGGCGUUCGAAAGCGCGAGGCGUAUCCGGUGAAUCGGGCACUUCGGGGAGGAGGAUCGAGUCGAGAGCGAAAUCGGAAGGACACGAGAAUUCCGCAAGGACGUCCGCGAAAGAUUCUCUUUAGGCGUCUCUUUCUCUCUCUCUCUUUCUCUCUCUCUCUCGAAGAUUCGCGUCGUCGAGGAAUGCCGUGGCGCGGAAGAACACGCGUGGGUGAUCUCCGGACUCGGCGGCAAAUCGGCGGCCGAUGGUGCCUCGGGUCCAAGUCGACCCACGCGAGAAAACGAUCGAUCUGUCGCCGAUUGUGUCUCCGAGGUUGCGGGAGUCGCGCUCUGUCGCGUGUUUCAUUAGCGUUCGACGAAAUGGCGUGCGUCCUCACGUCGCCGUGGCCGGGAACGCCGCGCGGUGACGCGAGGUUCUAGUCCGGAUCACUCGUCGUUUCGUCGGGACUCGCGAGGGAAAGGGAAGGAGAGGAGAUUUUCUGAGGAGAUCUAACGUUAGCGCGUUGGAGACGCCAUCGGAGACCCCACCGUCGUGUCGCAGCGCUAAGAUCAUCGUCGGAACACCUGCGCUUGCGGGCGUUUCAUGUUCGUCGUCGAUUUUCGCCGCCGAUCGAAUGAAUUCGUUGCCGCCCGCUCGAGUGGAAAAGGCCGCGCAUUCAACCGAUUCUAAGCUUCGUUUGUCCCGCACAAAAGUUACGUGUGACGCGUUAUCUCGGCUCGAAAAUUAGGCGGCUCCGAUCAGCGUUGAGUGUAGGUUCGAAAUACGGAUCGAGAAGCAAGCAGACAACGUGCGAUUCUCGAAAGACGUUAAUACGGACUUCCGAAAACGCGUCCCAGUUUUGAAUGAAAUUAAAAAUUCAGCACGAACAUCGUGCAUAUUCAGUUCUAAUUGGUCACUCGUUUAAAUUGGUACUCGCAUUAUAUAAUAUUAAAUAUUUAUUUAACUCUCGAAUAAUAAAGUUCACGCAGUCACAGAUAUAACAAAAUGGAUCGGACCCGACCAGUAGAAACAUUUCGUAGUCUUUUCAACUAAUUUCUUCGAUUACAUAUUUUUUGUUCUCACGAUAAGUUAAAAUACUUAAAUGUAAAUAAAAUAUAUUGCAAAAUAUGUAAAAUACCUGAAAUACAACGCUUCGCAAGCGCGGAAGCAUUAAAAUAUGAAUUCGGUCGAACCCAAUCUUGUUAUUCGAUGAUUUAAAGUUAUCAGAUGAAGGGUUCUCAAUUUUUGUCGAACGUGCGCUUUAAAAUUUCAAUUUUUCGAGUACCAACGCCCGCUCGCGGACACUCCGUACGCUCCUCGUUCUUCUCCCGAGAUUGACAAGUGAGAUCUUACGCGCGGACAACGGCUGGCUUCCUGCUUCGAAGCACAAUCGACGCACUUCUCUCCGAACAAAUGGAGAUCACUUGAGUCUGAUCAUUCGAAUUCGGCGAUUAUCGAGCUCCGGUUACGCGCGGCGAACUUAUACGUGUACUAUAUAGAUAGAUGUCUAAGAGAAGAGUAUGUAUAUAGACUGGAAUUCUCGACGGUAGAAUCCCAACGCGAGACAUCCACUCGUUCGCGGUGCGAUCAGCCGCGAUCCACGACGGCUGAUCGCUCAACGAUCGAUCCCACACUGAGAGAGAAAAUUCAAUCCCAAUCGAAGAAAACAAGAUUUAAUCUUGACUUCCGGGAAAAUCGUUCAUCCCGAUGGAAAUCGCGGUCGUUUUCGGCGCCAAAUAUGCUAUCUAUUGUCCGAAUGAGAAAAUAAUGUCGCAAUAUGCAUAUAAAGUUAUCAACGAUAACGCUAUAGAAAUAUUUUGCCACAGUAGUGUCACCAUCAUCGGUGACACUCUUGCUAGGAGACUCGUUUUCCUGACUACGAUUAUGCGCUUACGCAGUUGCAGUCGCGUAAAUACUGCUUUUUUUUUUCCUCAGUGUGCAUAAUAACGUGACGUGAUGUUGCCGAUUCUACCGGCGAGUUUAGGGAUCUUUGUAAAUACGAGAAUCACACGCGAAAGAACGUUCGGGCCCGUUCGUCGCCGUGCCGACACACGGCGACGCAUAGAAAUGCGUUGCACGCGGGGCGUUACGUCAGACUGAUUGCGAUCUCGGCUGUUCAAAGUGUAAUAUAAAAGUCGUUUAAGGUACCUAAGGUAGAGCGAGAUGAUAUCUCUCCCCGCUGUAUAAUCCACCAUCGUCGGUAGAGACGAACACGAAGAUAUAUUCUGUACAAACCCGAGUAUACCUUUCUGACCCCUCCCC